AUGCCUCCAUUUCGUAACUUUCUAGGACGAAAGUCCCAACCCAAUGAGGAACCCGCUCCCGUGGAUGAGAACUAUCUCUCUCCAAAUCAACGUCCUGCGCCCAUACCGAUCCGCAAUAGCCAGGAUGAGCCCACCGAGUACAAAUUGAGUGUGGUCAACGACAGCGGCGUCUAUCUUCCGCCUUCCCCCCCCGAGCGGCCGAGUUUCUGGCGCCGAUACCCGGGCUCCAACAAAACCAUCAACCAUCGAGAUCUAGUUGACGAGAAUGAGCCGUUCUCCAUCUCUCGCGAGUCCUUUGACUCUUACCGCCGAUCAUUUGAUAUUUCCGCCCGCUCACCCAUCAUCCAUCCUGAUGCUGGCCCCUCUCGAACUUCUCUUGACUCUCGGUUCUCCCGAUUAACCCCAUCGGGCACUCAGUCCAUCAGCCUUACCAAGUCUGGAAUCAUGGAGGAAGAAGCCUUUGAAGAAGUAGGAUUAAAUGACGAGAAACCUAAGAAAAAGGGCUUCCUCUCCCGGUUUGGUGACUCUAGUAAUGAUGCGCAAUCAUCCGGGUCCAAGUCUUCUACCUCGUCCUUCGGCUUCCACAUUCCUGGGCGGAAGCGCGGCCAGAGUGGCGGCGGAUCAGAGCUGGCAUCUGUGAAAGCAACCUCCUUCGAACCUGCACCCCCCGGUGGUAUAUGA